AUGGCCACCACCGAAGCCCCAGAACAUUCAACAGUCAUUCAGCCAUUCAGGCAUUCCUCAGCCCUAAUUGCGAUCCCGACAAGUCUGUGUCACGGCAUCAAGAGUCAAGAGCCGAUUCAUAGCCAGAAGUUGUCCAGACAUUCUGCUGUUAAUGUCUUGGCACCGGCUAACGUCAGGACGAAGCCUCGCCCAGAGAAAGGAAACCGAUGUUGGGUCCAUGCUCGUUGCAAGGUCGGCACUUUGGUGUGGUUGGCACUGUCUCCUUGGGCUCUCGGUUUGUGCUCAUGGGCGAAACUCUGGUGCUUUUCCGCCUUCUACACCAUACAGCUUGUCGCCUAUAGGCCUCAUUUGAGAAAGGGCUGGCCCUUCCAUUGGCUGCUUUAUGGCCCUCUCACGGAUUACGUGCUCUGCUAUCAUGACGCCACCGUCAUUCGGGAAGGUCCUGCUCCAGAUCCCAAGGGAAAGUACCUCUUCGCCAUGUACCCACAUGGCGUGUACGGCGUGUGCCGUGCCUUCUCUGGGGGAGUGGGCUGCUGGCGAACACUGUUCCCAGGCAUCGCUGCCCGUUGGGGAAGCUUUGGCGCGGCUUUCCUCCUCCCAGGGAUUCGGGAAAUGUCGCUUUUCUGCGGCUGCAUCGAUGCCUCAAAGCCAGUGCUAGAACGGGCCAUUCGACGAGGGGAGAACAUUAUUCUGCUACCUGGCGGAAUUGAUGAAAUGAAUCUCACGGACGGCGAGUCCAAGGACACACAGCUAGUCAUGACGGACCGGAAGGGCUUUGUGAAGCUCUCCAUCGAGAACGGUAUGGACAUCAUCCCGGGCUUCUGUUUUGGAGAGAAGUGGAUCCACCACACCAUCAGGCUCCCCCACUUCAUACAGAAGCUUCUUCGCCCCCUGAGGAUGAGCGGCACGUUGCUGCGUGGGCGAGGGAUCACUCUGAUGGGGUUUCUUGAUCCUCCCCUCGGCUAUGUCUGGGGUGAGCCUAUCAAGGUGCAGCAGCAGAAGCCUGUGGAUGAGAAGUACCUGGAUGAGGUGCAUCAAAUGGUUGCUGAUGCCGUGUUGGACAUGUUCAAAAGACACAAGGCGCGCUUUGGUUACGCAGAGGACGAGACGCUCUCCCUCGUGAGCGCGGCAGAUGCCAAGAAGAAGGUCAUUGCCAAGAAGCGAGACUGA